GAAAGAGAAAAGAAGGCAGGCAGCAGUACGAGUGACUAGAUCAGUCUAGCAGUAGCAGUGAGAUCCUAUAAGACGGCGAAUCAGUGGUGCAUGUCCAUACCGACAGUCAGCUCGAGAAAUACCCACAACAAGACGAGAUCUAUCGGCAAUCACCCGACCUAAGGGCGUCUGAUUGCUUGCCUCAAUCCAACCUCGUACAAUACUGAACAGCCACGCAAGAUGAAUCAAGCAGAGUCCAUCUACUCGUCUCCUGCUCCCACGUAUGGUGAACAGCUCGGCAGCCACAAUGGCCCACACGAUGGUGCGCCAAUGACGGCGGACAAUCUCGCCAUCGCAGAUGAGAAAAGGACCCGCGACUCAAAGGAUGAAGAGGCGACCAUGAUAGGCAAAAUUGACACUGCAGCAGCGACGACAAAGGUGCGCGAUGAGGGAGAAGAUUCUUCGAUCGGCGACAGGACGGCCAUCGAGACGAAGAACCUCACCUGGGUCCAAGCAAGCUUCCUGCUUCUCACCGAGUACAUCGUUGUCGCUAUCCUGUCCUUUCCUCAAUCGUAUGCCGCACUCGGGCUUGCAGGCGGUCUGAUCACCACCGUCAUCGUCGGCGGCGUCGUGCUUGCGACUUCACUCAUCUUGACAGAUUAUUGCAUCGCCCAUCCAGAAUUGAUCGACAUCUGCGACAUCGCGUACGAACUCUUUGGUCACUCACGGAUUGCGUAUGAACUCGCUGCAAUUGGUUUCUUGCUCAACAAUGUAUUUAUCAUGGGCCUGCACGUCGUCAUCGGCUCAGUAGCACUCAACACGCUGACCGACCAUCCGUUCUGCACGCUCAUCUUCUCGGCGCUUAUCACCGUCGUCACCGGCUUUGCAUCUCUUCCCCGCAGUCUUUCGCAAGUUUCGUACCUCGGCAUGAUCGGCGCAUUCUUCAUGGCCAUCGCGCUCCUGCUCGCUCUCAUCCUUGCCGGCGUCGAAUCAGCUCCGGCCAUGUAUACCGGCGCAGAGAAUAUCAAGCAUGUUGGAGGUUUCGCUCAUAGUGGUACCACCUUCGUCGUUGGCUUCAGCGCUGUUCUCAAUAUCAUCUACACGUUCGUCGGUCAGAUCCUGAUUCCAUCCUACGUCAGCGAGAUGAGAGAGCCAAGAGACUUCAAGAAGGCGCUCUGGAUCGUCACAAUCUUUGAGAUUGUACUCUAUGGCGUCGGAGGCUCAGUGAUAUACUACUAUGUCGGCUCAGAUCUGAUCGUCUCGCCUGCCUAUGGUGCUCUUCAGUCGAAAUAUGCCAAGAUCGUGGCCGGAUUCACGCUACCGACGAUCAUCGCUGUCGGCAUCGUCUAUAGCGUCAUCACGAGCCGCUUCAUUUUGUUCAGAAUAUUCGAGGCCAGCUCGAUUCACCGCCGCGCACAUACAGUCAAAGGCUGGGUUGUCUGGACCGGCAUUGUCAUCACUCUCUGGGCGUUUGCGUUCAUCAUCGCGGGAGCGGUGCCAUUCUUCAGCGAUUUGCUGUCGCUCUUGUCGUCACUGUUCGAUUCGUUCUUCGGAUUCAUCUUCUGGGCAUUUGCAUACAAAUCGCUCAACAAAGGCAACCUCUGGUCAAGCCCAGCCCGCAUCGCUACGACAGUCUUUUACAUCUUCGUUCUGCUCACAGGUCUAUUCAUGCUGACCGCAGGCACAUAUGCAAGCGCAGAGAGCAUCAAAGCGAGCUACAGCGACGGGACUGUCUCGUCGCCCUUCAGCUGCGCCAAUACGGGCUACUAAUCAAUGCGAAGACGACAUAUAUACACGCACCCAUACUCAAAAGCAGUCUAUCAGUCAUGUUGUGCACAUAGAAAUUGUCAACUUGCGAUGGGCGCGCGGCCGCAACACGGCAAGAUUGCGAUGUCGGACUUUGCGCGCGAUGGUUAAUUAGAUGCGGGGUUGUUUCUCUGACUGCACGUGGC